AUGACUGUUACUGCGCUCUAUUUCAAUGAUGUAUUUCAAGCUAUCAGUUUAUCAGUUUCAAUACUCUUAUUCGCACUUACACUCUAUAUAAUUCACAAGAAUCGUCACAUUUUAUCAGAGACUCGAAGAAGAGCCGAAUUAUCGAUUAUUUAUCAGAAUAUUCCGAUUGUCUUCAGUUUUUUGUUAAAGUAUUUGGCACUUGUUGUAGUUUAUUUUAUUCGGGAAGAAAAUGAUAGUCGAGACGAUGUUUUCAGAACAUAUGUUUGUAAUAAUUUAACAGAUAUUGACAUGGUUUUUCCGAUUACUUAUACUAUUGCUUAUCUUGAUAGAUUUAAACCUUUAAUUUCAAAGUUAACUUGCGGUUUCAAAUGUUGUAUUUGUUGCAAGAGAAGUAAUCGAAUCAGUGAUAGAUCUAUGCAAUUUAUGAGUACAACACGACAUGCGAUGGAAACCCCUCCAGCUAAUUGA